AUGGCGGCCGUUAAGAGCGAGCCUGGCGUCAAGCUGGAGCCUGGUAUCAAACCGGAUCCUGGCAUGGAGAUGGACACAGAUGAUUUGAAGCCCUCGCCCGGUGGAUUUGUAGACGACGAGCUUUACGAGGACGCCGGAGAUCUAGAAUUCUACGAUGCGACCCAGCCGCAAGACCCCCAGGGGAACGCAUUUUUGGCACACCUUCCAAAGUACCUUUACGACCAGUGGGCACAGCUGGGCGACGAUGAAGAGCUCGUAGUUGGAAAGGUGCGGACUUGGACAGAAUUGGAUAAGACUGGACAGCAAGUACAGAAGUUCGCGAUCCUCGCCGACCCGAGCAACCCCGCCCACCAGAAUGUCCCGAAAGAGUACACAUUGGAGAUGAGAGACCCGAAUCUUCUCAACACAUUCAUGUUUACGGAGCAAGACCUACCGGGCUUCAAGAACAAGUACCCAGGCGGACCGAAUAAUGACAUCCCGGCUCAUCUACGUCCCAGACCUCCCCAGCCCAAGGAGAACGGAAAGACAGAGGGCGGCGGCGGCGGUGGUGGCGGCGGUGGACGAAACCGAAGAAGAGAGCCGUAUUACCGCAAGGCUAUACCCAAGAAGACUGUUUUGGCUGCCAGAUUUCGCAGGGAGGUGAAUGCUCAGCCUGUCAUGACUCCCGAGACCAAGCACAUCCUGGCCAUGAGAGCGAGCGACGCACUCAAACCCAAGGCAACCACUAGCAUCAUGUCGGGCACAAGAAACCCAGUGGGUAUCAUUCACGCUGGCACAGCUAUGGGCAAUGCCAAGAUGAGCGGCUUUGUGCGCACCGUCGAUCCCAAAGCCAACAACAAAAAGGCGAAGAAAGAGGAAAAGGCCGCACGUAUGGAGCAGUCUGCCCUGCUGGAUGCAAUUUUUGCCUGCUAUACCGAUACCAAGUAUGAUUACUGGAGUAUGAAGGCAUUCAAGAACAGACUAAAGCAGCCCGAAGCAUGGCUGCGUGAGAACCUGGAGCAAGUGGCCGUACUACACAAGACCGGUAGAUUUGCCAAUUACUGGGAACUCAAGCCGGAAUAUCAGAAGCGAAAGCCCAACGCCGAGACUGCAGCCGAGGUGGCUGACUUUGAUGACGAAGAUGAUGAAGAUGACAACGUUGAGAUGGAAGACGUUGUAUAG